GAAGCGUAUUUUUUAGUAUUUAGAUCUAGUAGUUUAGUAUUAGAUUUCUAGUAGUUAAGUUUUAAGUAGUGUUGCUUUUAGACUGGCCUAAAUAAAUCUAGUUUAGAUUUUUUGACUUGGGUAUUAACUGUAAUAGUUAAUUUACAUUAUGGCUGAUGAGUUUGAAGAGGACUCUGUUUCAAGUGAUUCAAAUAUUGAAUUUGAAUAUGAUACACCAGAGGAGAAUACUGCUUUUCACACAGAUUUUAAUAGACCAAAACAGCUGUUGAAAGCAGCUUUUCAUCACUGGAACUUGGGUCAGUAUACUGAUGUUACAAUUGUGGUUGGCGAUAGAAAGUUUCCAGCUCAUCGACUUGUACUGACUUCAUUGUCUGACUUUUUCCAGCCAUUUUUCCAGAUGGAUGAGAGAGGAAGUGGUGAGGUGAAGUUGAGCAAUAUUGAACCAGAAGACUUUGCCAUUCUUCUUAAAUUUGCUUACACUGGAGAAGUGGAGAUAACUCAAGACAAUGUUCAAAAUCUCUGCGUAGCUGCAGACUACCUUCGUGUUGAUUUUGUCAAGCAGGAAUGUGCAAAGUUUAUGGCACAGCAUUUAGACGUGGAUAACAUUUGUUAUGUUAUAAUCUUUUCUAUAAACAACUCCCUUAGUGAUUUAAAAGCAUGCUCAAUAGACUAUUUCACUAAACACUUAGAUGAGAUUUUACAAACAUGCCAUUUUUCACAGUUGUUGCCAGAUUUUUUGGUGGAACUCUUUUGUGAUGAUGAUUUGAUUCUGUAUAAAAAUAAUAUUAUAAUGAAGCAGACACAGAGGGAGCUGUUGAUUUUGACAGCUGUACUAAAGUACUUGUCAUCUCAGUCUGAAGAAAAUGAGGUGGACAUGGACAAGCUAUUGAGCACUGUUAGAUUUUUACAGAUUAAUGAGGAACUUAUUUACAAGUGCCUGGAUCGUUAUGAGGUCUUUAGAAAUCAUGAAAUAAUACAAAAAUUUAUGAAGCUUAAAACUGCAGGGAAUAAAUUUCAAGAUGAAUUGUUCCAGGACGAUUCAAUGACGAGCAAUAUUGGAGUAGAUGCACUGAAUGUGCCGGAUGCUUGGUUCAAGUCUAGAAAAUGUACUUUCCCUCGUUUUUAUAGUGACUCUCGUAAACGAUAUGCGGCCGGUGGUCAAAUAGCCAGAUGCCCAAAUCCCCCCGAACAUCUGUAUGAAGAUCAGAAGUUGGAAAUACAUCGGAUGGAAUUGUGGAUAAGAUUAUGGGAUGGCAGGAAAGUUAUUGGUGGAUUGUCAAUAUUUUACCGCAAUCCAUUAUCAAACAAUGAUGACGUUGAAUAUACUAUAGGUGGAAGUGAAGGCUCUGUUGAAAGCCACCAGUUUGAGUUAGAGCCCAAUGAAUUUAUUAUUAAAGUGGUCAUUGGCAGUGGUUAUCUCAUUGAUAGAUUAGGGUUUACCACAAACUUGGGGAGGAGUUACGGCCCCUUUGGUGGGCCUGGAGGCUCAGAAAAACAAGAGAAGGCACCUUUUGAAAUGAAGUCAUAUUUGUAUGACAUUAAUUGCAGUAAAACUGUUACUCAAGGGUCAGAGGCUAUUUAUAACCUCAUGCUUCGCUGGAUUGUAUAUGAGGAUGCAGAGAAUCUCUCAGUUUAAUACAAAAUGAUUUAUCCUCAGUUUAUAAAAUCAUUUAUUAUAUUGUGCAGUUUCUCAACAUCACAGAAAGUUUAACAUUUAAAAUUGUAUGAAUUCUGCCAGUUAUGAGAAUUUUUUUUUUCUGUAAACCAGAUCUGAUUAAUUAAUUGCCACUAACAGUUAUUUUUAUUUAGUUAUUUCUUUAGUACCAGUUUAUUGGCUUAUUAUUAUUGUAAUACUUGUAUGAAAACCUUUGGACUUUGAAAAAUAGUUUUAGUUUAUUGAUUUAUAUCCAGAUAUAUUGUGAAACUAGAUGAAAUAUAUUUACACAUCUUUAUUGAACCUACUAUCAUUUCUUGGUCUACCAUAUUAAAAUGUUUAAGUGUGAAGAAUGAAAUAUUGCUCUUGCCAUACUAACACGUUAUUCAUAAUCAUAUAUGUUAAAAAAAAUUUUGCCAUAAGUUUUUUAAAAUUAUUUCUUUGGUUACAUUAUAUUUUUUUUGUAAACAUUUUUUUUUAAUCUCUGAUGUCAAGUUAUGAAUUUUUAAAAAAGUCAUUUUCUGUGUGACAAUAGCAAUA